AUGGCGGAUGGGCUGACUAACGGCCUUAGCUCCGAGCCAGAAACCGAAGCCGGGGGCCUUAACCGCAUUGAGCGACGCUUAGAAAUCAAGACACCGCCAGAGAGGUGGCUACACCGGUGUGCCUUGGAACGAAGUCGAAAAGUUUUGGGCAUCAAGUCUGUUGCAGACACGGUGCAGUCCACCCUGGUGAUCCUGCUCUGGUCCUUGGUUUGA